AUGGCUUCGGACUCUGCGGCCACAACCCGUCGCGUAUGGUCGAAGCUAGAGGAUGAAAAGCUCCUCUCUCUCGUACAGAAUUUGAAUGACCAGCGAGGCAAGGAGGGUGGGAACUGGAGUGAGAUCUCGAGACAUCUUCCCGGGCGAUCGAAUAAGCGAUGGUUUCACUCGCUCGAUCCGGCUUUGCGGAAGGGUCGCUGGUCGAAAGAGGAGGAUGAGCUGUUGCUUGCGGCUCAUAAGCGGCUGGGGCCUGCUUGGAAGGAUAUCGGCCGGAAGGAUGACCAAUGUGCGAAAAGAUACAAUGAUAUCUUGAAUCCAUCGGCGAGAGACAGACUGAAAAAUUGGUCGGCUGAAGAAGACCAGUAUUUGGCUGCGAAGGUUCAGGAGCUCGGUCAUAAAUGGGCUGCUAUCUCGGCUGGGCUUCCUGGCCGUCCUCCCCUUACCUGUCGAAAUCGAUGGAGGAGACUUUCGAAGGAGUUGUCGAGAUCCGACUCAGCUUCAACCCGCAACGACCCUCAUUUGACCGCCACCCCCUCAGCAACACUUUCACCCACGGUUUCAAGGUCCAACUCAAUCAGUCAUCUUACCAAUAUGCCAUUCUCAAUGGCAGCAGAUCCGUUGACAAGUACUCCAAACUUUGAUCUGUCUGCCGACCUAGCGCUGGUACCAGAUCCCACUCUGCAAAUGCCCAUAUACGGCAUGGACGACAUGAGUAUCCACAGCGCAUCUGCAUAUGGAAUGGACAGCACGAGCAUCCACAGUGCACAAACCUCCAAUGGACCAGGGCUAGAAUUGUCAGAUUACUCUUUUCACAGCGGCUACCAGAACCAAUUCUGGGAAUCCGCCUCAGAGGGCCCAUCCUUUGCAUUGCCAGAUCGCAACUAUGACUCUGAACCAAACAUGUUGACGGAUAACUAUAACCCGAGAACCAUGUACCAAAGAAAUCCCAUGCAUGGUCGUCGCUAUUAUCCAUGGAUCCCACCUUCUGGCAAUACUUUGGAUAAUAUCGCUUCGCUUGAUCUAGCGAAUACACAGACUCAGCAUCCUCCAUUUGCGAUAUCUGGUUCGAUUAUUCCCGAGCUUGAUGAAGAGUCUGGGUCCACACUAGAACAGGCUGCUGUUCGUCAGGUUCUAUCUUCUCCUCGAGCAGCUACUGUAGUUGAUGAUACUUUGGUUGGGACUGGUGGCUCGGGAGUUAUGCAGCAUCAUCACCACUUUCACCAUCAUCAUUAUCACCAUCAUUACCAUCAUUAG